AUGGAGAACUCGCCGGAGAAUUGCAAUGUGAAGGUGGCGUUGCAUAUUCGUCCUCUUCUCAAACAGGAGCGGCGUAACGGCGGCGAAGAAUGUUUGGACGUCGUUCCGGGGACGUCUCAGGUGCUAAUGGGUUCACAUUCCUUUAUAUUUGAUCAUAUCUAUGGAGGAGGAGGGUCUCCAUCAAGCAAUAUGUUUGACGAGUGUGUUGCUCCUCUGUUAGAUGAUCUGUUUCAAGGAUACAACGGUACAGUUAUUGCGUAUGGUCAGACGGGUUCAGGCAAGACUUACACCAUGGGUACUGCUCCAAAAGAAGGUUCCAACAGAGGACUGAUCCCUCAAGUUAUGAACACAAUAUUUAACAAGAUUGAGACACUGAAAGAUCAAAUUGAAUUCCAAUUGCAUUGUUCCUACAUUGAGAUUCUAAAAGAAGAAGUGAGGGACUUGCUGGAUUCAGCCGUUAUUGAUAGACUAGAAACCGGUGAUGGAAAUGCUGAGAACGCAGUACCUGGCAAGCUACCGGUACAAAUUCGCAAAGCAUCAGAUGGAGCUGUAAGCCUAAGUGGAUCAACUGAAGUCAGUGUUAGCACACAGAAAGAAAUGACAGCUUGCCUAGAGCAAGGAUGUGCGAAUAGGUCAACAGCGGCAACAGACAUGAACAGUCAAUCAAGUCGGUCCCAUGCAAUAUUCACAAUAAUUUUAGAGCAGAAGGAUAAAAAUAAAGGUGAAGCCAGUUCAAACGAUAAUUUUGGUGGUGAGGAGUACAAAUGUGCGAAAUUACAUAUGGUAGACCUUGCUGGAUCUGAGAGAGCUAAGAGAGCAGGUUCCGAAGGAGUUCGUCUGAAAGAAGGUAUUCAAAUCAAUAAGGGGCUUCUUGCACUGGGAAAUGUCAUCAGUGCACUAGGAGAUGACAAAAAACGGAAAGAGGGGCUGCAUAUCCCUUAUCGAGACAGUAAACUUACCCGGUUAUUGCAGGCUUCACUUGGUGGGAAUUGCAAAACUGUUAUGAUAGCUUGUGUCAGCCCUGCUGAUUUUAAUGCCGAGGAAACUCUUAAUACUCUCAAGUAUGCUAAUCGUGCUCGUAACAUUCAAAAUAAAGCUUCAGUUCAAAAAGAAGUAUUUCCUGCCGACACUCACAAGUUGAGGCAGCAAUUAAGAUUGCUGCAGGCGGAACUUGCUCACAGGAGGGAAGCUGAAAUUGCUGAAGUGCAGGAACUUAAGAGAAAAGUUGAUUCUCUAGAGGCUACCAACUCACAACUUCUCCAAAAGAUCCAUGAAUGUCAGGCUACCAACUCAGAACUUCUCCAAAAGAUUCAUGAAUAUCGCAACAAAUGUGCUGUUUAUGAAAAAAAGGCUCAUGAAUAUCGUGAAUAUUUUGUUCAAAGAGAUGGAGUUAAGAGCGGUUCACAAUGCACGACCUCUCCCGAGGCAAUUAAGAGAGACUCACAAUGCACUACCUCUCCCGAGGCAAUUAAGAGAGACUCACGAUGCACGACCUCUCCCGAGGCAGUCAGUGAAUCUGUUGCAAAUCACGAUAUUGCAGGUGAAGUUUUGAAAGAACCUGAUAAAUUGACAAUAAAGCAGGAGCAUGAAAUUCAGCAGAAUAUGUGGCAUAAAGAGUUAAAUGAUUUGGACAAACGCCUGGAGGAGAAAGAGCUUAUUGGGUCUUCUGAUGUGGAAGCACUCAAGCAACGCUUUGGAAAGAAAAUCAUCGAGCUUGAGGAAGGAAAAAGAUCAUUGCAGCUAGAAAGAGAUGGCUUGCGAGCUAAAAUUGCACGUCUUGAAGCUCUGGGUGAGCCAACAGAAAAAGAGCAAACCAUGAAUGCGGAGAAACUUGAAGAAAUUGAGGUGCAGGUGAUUAUUUCAGAUUUAGAGAAACAAUAUGAACAACAGAUUGAACUUUUAAAGCAAAAAAGUCAAGAUGCGAUGAAACGACUACAAGACCAGAUAUGUCUUAUCAAGUCCCAAAAGGUGCAACUACAGCAAAAGAUGAAACAUGAGGAGGAGCAAUUUCGGCAAUGGAAGGCCAAUAGUGAGAAGCAAAUGCUGCAGCUAAAGAAAGAGAGCAGGAAGAGUGAAUUUGAGAGGCAUAAAUUGCUUGCUCUAUAUCAACGCCAAACACAGGUUCUUCAGAGGAAAACAGAAGAAGCUGCAAGAGCUACCAAAAAGCUAAAAGAGUUGCUUGAAUUACGCAAGGUUGCCAACCGUCGUGAAACUACUGUUCAACCCAGUGGACAAAAACGAAGUGGACAGAUCAAAAAUUUGACGAGAUGGCUUAAUCACGAACUCGACAAAGUAAUGCAUGUGAAUAAACUUCAUAUGGAGUAUGAAAAGCAAACAAAGAGCCAUGCUAAACUUAAAGAGGAGUUAAUCUUUCUGAAACAAAUGGAUAAGCCUUCUUCUCAGGCAUCCAAGCCUCCAUCAGAGGAGAACAAACAGGCUUGGUCUUUGUCACCAAAUACAAGAGCAGCUAGGAUUGUUUCACUUGAAAGCAGGGUGAAAUCUUCAUCAGCUGCCCUUUCUUUGUUGUCUACACAGCUCUCGGAGGCUGGGAGGGGACAUGACCUUGCCUCUGGUCGAUGGAAGAUGGUAUACUCAUUGGGAGAUGCAAAGGAUUUGCUUCAAUACUUAUUCAAUCUUGUUACUGAUACAAGACGCCGGUUGUUGGAAAAGGAAGUUGAAAUGAAGGAGAUGAAGGCGCAAUUGGAUGAUCUAAUGUUGCAACAAAAAGAAAUAUUGAAACAAAGAGAUAUUAUUAGAGAGGCUUCAAUACAAACCUCUACUCAAAAUGCAAAAGUAAGUACACUUACAAAGAAAUGGAAAGAAAUUGAGGAGCAAGCCGUGCAAAUUACAAAGGAAAAGGGAGAGAGAAAGGAUACAAAGGAAAAGGAAAAUACAAAGGAGGCAAAGGCUCCAACUCCGUUUGAUAUUUUUGCGGAUUUGGGUAUCGAAUCUCCAUUGCCAUUCCCAGAAUCGAGGCAACUCGACUCUAAAGCUGGAAUCUGCAAUAGGCCAAUCCAAGAAGUUUUUAUACAAACACAAAAGAUGGUACCAAUUGCGCACGUGUGUAUGAAAAAGUUGCCACUUGGUGAACAGAAAGGGAAAGUGUCGAGAUGGAGGCGAAGCCACGACGAAUGGCUGAUACAGUUCAAGUGGAAGUGGCAAAAACCAUGGAAGCUCUCGCAACUAAUCAGAAUCGGCGAUGAGAUCAGAAACAGUGAUGAGACAUUAAAAGAUCUGUCUAUCAAGCUUGAUCCGACCACAUGA